AAUUUCUAGGCGUGAGUAAAGGUGCUGCCAUAUGAGUACACAAGUCAUCAUGCCAGUAGACAAAACGCCGUUGUUUCGUGCUCGAGUGAAAAUGAUGCGAACACAGGAAGCAGCGCGAUUAAAACGAGCUCAGAUGCAAAAGCAACAACGACAACAGCAACAAACAGAAAUUCCUCUUAACAGCUUCGACGGCGAGUAAUUCAUCUAGGUUUCAGGUUCCCGAAUUUUUCUGAGUACCGAUUUGAAGUGUUCCAGUGUUUCAGUUGGUACUUUGCAUUUAUUAUUUUCUAAAUUAUGCUAAUAAUUGAAUUCGUC